GGAUAAUCCGACCUUUGAUCGGGAAGCGAUCGGCGGCGACCGGCGCAGGUACCAACGGACAGGAUGGGAAUCACGGUUAACCGAAGAGCAUGGUGCGUCGAGCAGGCAGAUAUGGAAGUCAUAAGUGAUGAUGCCGCGAAAAGCACCACUCCUGCGACCUUAACCAAGGCACAGAAGAAGAAAAACCGGAAGAUGGCCAAAAAGAAAGCAGACGGCCACGUGGUGUCGACUGCGGUUUCCUUGAGCUCCGGUGCUCAGACGGUCGCGCUGCCUACGUACCCGAUUGUUCGUCUAGACCAUCACGCUGACCAUAUCCCUCGUACGGAGCCCGUCGUCCCCUCCCCCGAUGCCCAAAGACACAUUGUCCGUCGGCUUCUCGAACAAUACAAAGAGCAUGGCAUGACUGUUGGCGACCGCUACUUCGUCGUUAGCUUCAAGUGGUGGGAGAGUUGGUGCAACUACGUUCGUUUUUACGACGUAGGUGGCGCCAAUGGAUCGCCCAGUCGCAGCGGUGGCUUCAAGCCGCCAUCCAUCGACAACCACCAUCUGCUCGAUGCUUCGACAUCCGAGCUCCUGGACGGCACCGUUGGGUCCGUGCUAUGUCGGGAAUUGGUCGAGCACGUGCAUUUCAUUCUCCAGCCCCAAGAAGUGUGGGACGCCUUUGUGGCUUGGUACGGCGGAGGGCCACCAAUUUGCCGGUUUGUGGUACAAGUCGGCGACCCGUCCAAGUCGACGCUGAAGCGCGUGGAGCUGUACCCGAACGACCCAGCGGGCUCUGACAGCGACGUUGACAUGGGUGCUGAGGCUGAAGUCGAAGGAGGUGGCUGUACUGAACCAGCUCAAGACGCCGCUGCUGGACACUCUGGGCACACUCCCCAGCGCUACGCCCGGCCAGAGCGGUGUAUGGUGUGCCACCGCCCCAGUACAAAUCGAUGUGGCCAUUGCAAACACUGCAUGUACUGCUCGAAAGCGUGUCAACUGGCGCACUGGAAAUACCACAAACCCCACUGCGCCCGCAUCAAAGGGACCGUCGCCGUCAGCGCCGUCGACAUCCAUGGCAGACAAGGCCAAGCCGGGCUGCGCAACCUCGGCAACACGUGCUUUAUGAAUGCGGCGCUGCAGUGCUUGAGUCACACGACGGCGCUAACAUUUCACUUUCUCACCAAUUCGUACCAGACCGACUUGAACACGGACAACGUGCUCGGGACGGGCGGGAAGCUCGCGACGCAGUACGCCUUGCUUCUCAAGGAGCUGUGGCUGGGCACGGCCUCCAGCGUGUCGCCUGGUCCGCUCAAACGCGCGAUUGGGACGUUUGCGCCGCAAUUUUCGGGCUACCAACAGCACGACGCCCAGGAGCUGCUGGCGUAUCUCUUGGACGGGCUGCACGAAGAUGUGAAUCGGAUCACAAAAAAGCCAUACGUGCAAGUUCAGGACUCGAACGGGACCGAACCGGACGCCGUGGUCGCCGCGACGGCGUGGCGCCAUCACAAACUCCGCAACGAAUCGAUCGUGGUCGACACAUUGCACGGCCAGUUCAAGUCGACUGUCGUAUGCCCCCAUUGCGACAAGGUCUCGAUCACAUUUGAUCCGUUCAACUGUGUUCAGUUGGAGCUGCCGCACGCCGUGACGCGGUCCAUCGAGGUGAUUGUAAUGCCGAAAUUGACGCGAGAGAGCGUCGAGAGUGCCAACGACGCGGCCGCGCUGCGACCGCUCAAGUACGGCGUCCACGUGCACAAGCGAGGAAAUGUCAAAGCCAUCAAGAUGGCUGUCGUCGAAGCCGGGUGUCCGUACACGUCUCUGGUCAUGUGCGACGUGUUUCAGCAUCUGGUCUACCGCAUCCUACCUGACGACGAACGGAUGGCGCGCAUUCGCCCCGACGAUCGGCUCGUUGUGUACCCACAGCCACCCAAGACCGCGCAAUGCGUGCUCUUUUGCUACCAUCGCGGAUACAAAAGAGGAGGCGCUGGCUUGGAACCGACCUUGGUUGGGGACCCGCUCAUGCUGUCGCUGAACCGACAAACCACAUUUGAAGCAUUCCUGGAGCAAGUGCUCGUGGAGCUCGUCCCGUUGUUUGGAUGGACACCAGCGCAGGCGAAGCAACGGCUCGACGACCCGACCUUGCAGCUCUGUUUGGCAUCGCAUAUGUUUGUGACGAAUCAAGACGGCGUCAAGGCGGCAGCGGCGUUCAUGGCGGACGCCGACGGAUUUGGAAAACAUGCGCUUGUUAUGUCGACGCUGCAGCUGUCCGAUGCGGGCUACGUCGGCAUCGAUUGGGAUGGCGACAUGCGAUUGCUGUACCAAGCCACCGAGCCAUUCAUUCUGCCACAUCGUUCGCUCGACACGAUCCAGGCAAGAGCCACGCACGGACUCACUCUGGCCGAUUGCUUCCAAAAGUUUACAAGCGCCGAGCAACUCGAUGAAGACAACUUGUGGUACUGCAGCAACUGCAAACAACACCGCCAAGCGACCAAGACGAUGCAGUUGUAUGCCCUGCCCGACAUCUUGAUCCUGUCGCUCAAGCGAUUCGAGUACCGCAACGACGUCGUUCGAGACAAGCUGGACGUGCUGGUGGAUUUUCCCGUCGAAGGGCUCGACAUGGCGCCGUACUGCCUCAGCGCCGCUCCGGACCACGCAUCGAGCCUCAUCUACGACUUGUACGCGACCACCAACCACUUUGGGUCGAUGGGGUUUGGCCACUACACAGCGUUUGCCAAAGAUCACGCGACGAAUCUCUGGUACAACUUUGACGACAGCGCCGUCACGUCCGUGUCGGCGGCAUCCGUCGUAUCGAAUGCCGCGUACAUUUUGUUUUACAAGCGCCGCGCACCGAGUCCAACGCCGCGCCUGUAACCAAAAAGCGGAAUGCAAAAUGUCCAUCGCG